AUGUUCUUUUCAGCUUUACUCCUGUGUAUAUUUAAUGUUAUGCUUUAUUUAAGGGGUAUUAAUACUUUUAAACUUAUUAAUAGAGCUUUAAUCAAGGAUUCUAUACAUUUCAACAAUUACUUGGAUUUUAAACGCAUGGCAUCGGAAUCUGAUCUCAGAAAAUGGGAAAUCCCUUCCAAAAAAGAUAAAUUUUUGACAGGAUUAUAUGUUAAAAAUUCAUUAAACCCUUCCUCUAAGGUGGAAUUCGUCCCAGAGGAAGGAAGAAAGGUUAGAUGGUACACCUGCGGCCCAACGGUUUAUGACGCAGCUCAUAUGGGACAUGCAAGGACAUAUAUAGCCUGUGAUACCAUAAGGAGUAUUUUGGAAAAUUACCUAAAUUACGACCUAUUUUUUGUUGAAAAUAUAACUGAUGUCGAGGAUAAAAUCAUCCAAAGAGCCUUAAAUGAAGGCAAGCCCUUUACUGAGGUUACUUCACACUGGGAAAAAGAAUUCUGGAACGAUAUGCUUUCACUUGGCGUCAGUUUACCAGACUGUAUUACAAGAGUUAGUGAUUAUAUGACUGAAAUUGUGGAUUUUAUUAAGAAAAUACUAGACAAUGGAUAUGCCUAUGUGUCGGACGGAAGUGUCUAUUUUGACAUUGAAUCCUUUAGAAAUAGCGGGAAACACGUCUAUGCCAAACUCGAACCAACAAGUUUUAACGAUUUGAAUCGCAUUUUGGAUGCUGAAGGAACUCUCGGGGAAGUUUCCCUAAAUAAGAAAUCUAAAAGUGACUUUGCCCUUUGGAAGAAAUCAAAAGUUAACGAACCGUCUUGGGAAAGUCCUUGGGGAAGAGGGAGACCAGGAUGGCAUAUUGAGUGUAGUGCAAUGUCGACAUGUAUUUUUGGUAAAGAGGUUUUUGAUAUACAUUCUGGAGGAAUUGACCUUCGAUUCCCCCAUCAUGACAAUGAAAUAGCUCAAUCUGAAGCAUAUUUUGAUACUAAUAGGUGGGCGAACUACUUUUUACAUUUCGGCCACUUACACAUACAUGGUUUAAAGAUGAGCAAGAGUCUGAAAAACUUUAUAACAGUUAAAGAAAUGUUAAGUAAAUAUAAUAAAAGACAGAUCCGCCUGUUGUUUUUAAACUCAAGAUAUGACUCUACCUUGAACUUUAAUUCUGGUCCUGAUGGUAUGGACGAACCCAUAGCAAUUGAUGAAACCUUUUUCAACUUUUUUUCAACACUAAAUUCAAAAUUGUCAAACUUAUCACUUGACCAAAAAUGGUCCGAAGAUGAUUUGAAUCUCAAUAAUGAAUUUGAGAAACUUAAAUCAAACGUGCAUGCAGCUUUCCUGGACAAUUUUGACACUCCCAAAGUCCUGUCAAAUCUAUGUAAAUUUAUUUCAACCGUAAACACUUUUAUGUUUGACCCCAAAAAUCAAAUUAAGUAUACUCAAGCGCUCUUAUUUAAACAGUACCUGUAUCGUAUCCUUGGGGUGUUAAAACUGGUAGAACCAGGCUGUGAAUAUGGUGUGGAAAAUAAAUCCGGGUCAUCGGAGAAUGAAAAGUCGCUUUUGAACGAAUUGGUGGAUCUACGUCAGAAGACGAGAGCAUUUGCACAAGCAACUCUUAAAAAUAAAGUUGAUUCUGAAACCACUAAAGAACUCCUGAAACAGUGUGAUCGUUUGAGGGACCAAACCCUUCCAAAUUUGGGGAUAAUUCUCGAAGAUUGUGAUGACGGAAGUAGUGUUGUUAAGUACAAAUCCCUUAAGGACCAACAACUUGAGAAGGCUAGGAAGGAAUUAAAAAAGGAACAAAGGCUCCAAGAUGAGAAUGAAAGACUCCAAAGAUUAUCAAUUCCACCUGAAGAAUUCAUACACAAAACAUACCCGAACAAAUUUGGAAAACUAGAUGAAAAUCAUCUUCCUUUAGAGUAUUCCGACGGUACUCCAAUUAGUAAAUCCGAGAGAAAGUCCAUUGAGAAGGUAUUCUACAUAGAUUAUAUCCUGUUUAGAUUAUGGAAAAACACAAGAGGCAAUACUAUAAAAGGCUGGAGACAUAAUUUAAUGCAGUAUACUAAUCUAAUAAACCUCGGCAUAUAUUAUAUUUAG